AUGACCAUCAAGUCCCUUGUUCUUUCCGUCCUCCUCAUCGGAGCCGUCAAGUCAGAAGACGCAAAGGAUCUCAGCAAGCAUAAUUGCUGCCUUCACAUCAAAAACGCCAGUGAUGCUUGGUGGAUGACAAAUCCCGAUGUCACCAAAGAGGUCUGCCAGUCAUACUACAAGGAUGUCCGAGACUGGGACGUGUAA